UCUGGAUUCUUGCAAAACAUGGCAUUUGAAGCUGUGGUUUACCCUCCAGAUCUAUUUAUUUAUGGUUUCAAGGACCACUUUCCCGGAGUAGGAGCCUGGGGUUAUGAUUUUUGCUUCCAAGAAGAAGAUAAACCUCCUACUGCAAUUCUUGAAAGCAACUUAGAACAACAAGAGGAUCAUCAUCUCAAUGCAAAUUGGGACUCCUCGUCUACUUCAGUCAUUCAACAACAUCCAAAUGAACUAUGGGAUCCUUACUCUUCUUCCCCCGAAGUUUGCACUGUCGAUCAGUCUCUCCCCGGCCCUGCAGCCGGGGCUUUCCAAGCUCUGAUGGAACCCCCACCAACUUACACUGCGACGGCGAGGACUAACGGCUCCAGACGAAAACGUCAUCGUACCAGGAGCAUCAAGAACAAAGAAGAGCUAGAGACCCAGAGAAUGACUCAUAUUGCCGUUGAACGCAAUCGCCGGAAACAAAUUAAUGAGUACCUGGCUGCGAUCAGAGCUUUGAUGCCACCUUCUCAUGUUCAAACGGGUGAUCAAGCUUCGAUAAUUGGCGGAGCGAUUAAUUUCGUGAAGGAAUUAGAGCAGCUCUUGCAGACCAUGGAGGCUCAUAAGUGGACCACUCAACAGCCAGAACCCAAUGGCAACCUUUCUCCCUUUGCCGAGUUUUUCACCUUUCCACAAUUCUCAACUCGUGAGACGUCUCAGUGCAACGAUUCACCGUCGUCCAUGGCGGCUGAUUGGCCCAUGGGAUCUGCCGAAAGCGUGGCGGAUAUCGAAGUGACCAUGGUUGAGACACAUGCCAAUCUCAAGAUACUCUCCAAGAAACGACCCAGACAACUCUUGAAACUGGUUGCCGGGUUGCAAAGCCUGAGCCUCACCAUUCUCCACUUCAAUGGCUCGACCGUCGAGGAAAUGGUUUUGUAUUCAAUUAGCGUCAAGGUUGAGGAAGGGUGCCAUCUGAACACUGGAUGA